CUACACGAGUAACCGCGGCUGCGUCUGCAAACACAAAAGGCGGGAGUCGUUUUAGGGUUUGGGUCUCUUGGCGUCACUGGGAUCAUUCGCUUCGGCUUUUCGUUUCCCAGCCUUCUCCCCCUAGGAACGGCGGCCAUGGCGUCCACCAAGAAGGCUAAAAAGACUCACGAGAGCAUUAACAAUCGACUUGCUCUCGUCAUGAAGAGUGGGAAGUACACUCUUGGUUACAAGACCGUCCUGAGAUCUCUCAGAAGCUCCAAAGCAAAAUUGAUAAUCAUUUCAAACAACUGCCCGCCUCUCAGGAAGUCUGAGAUCGAGUACUAUGCCAUGCUUGCAAAAGUUGGCGUACACCAUUUCAAUGGGAAUAACGUGGAUUUGGGCACUGCAUGUGGAAAAUACUUCCGAGUGUGUUGUCUUGGCAUUACUGAUCCAGGCGAUUCUGAUAUCAUUAAAAGCAUUCCUGGAGAGCAGUGAGUGGAAACAGCAAGUUACUGAUAUCUCUGUUUUGUAGUUUCAAAUGAUUUUGGUAGUAACUUAGCGAAUAGCCUUUAUUGUGUUGCUCAGACAUAACGAGUGGUUUGUGAAAGAGGAGGAAAAACUUUGUAGCAUGUGAACCAUUUGAUUUUUUUCAUAUGCAUGAAAUUCUUUA